AUGGACGCCAAGACGCUGGCAAUCGUUCUUGUCGUGGUCGUCUACGCCUUCGCGUUUCCCGAUUAUUCCAGUGCAUCACCGGCAGUCUGCGAUGAGCCACUCAUGACUGGACCCUGCAGAGCCCACACAAUCACAUAUGGCUACAACCCCGCGCAGAAGAAAUGCGUCGAAUUUGUCUAUGGCGGCUGCAAGGGAAACGAUAAUAACUUCCCGACACUGGAGGCGUGCGAGAAGGCCUGCGAGUAUCCAUGA